GGGCAAUUUUGGGGCUACACCAAGUAAUUUUGGGGCUAAAAGGGGCAAUUUUGGGGCAGAAGGGUGAAAUUUCGGGAUAAAUGGGCAAUUUUGGGGCUACACCAAGUAAUUUUGGGGCUAAAAGGGGCAAUUUUGGGGCAGAAGGGCCAAAUUUUGGGAUAAAUGGGCAAUUUUGGGGCAGAAGGGUGAAAUUUCGGGAUAAAUGGGCAAUUUUGGGGCUAAACCAAGUAAUUUUGGGGCUAAAAGGGCCAAUUUGGGGGCAGAAGGGCCAAAUUUUGGGAUAAAUGGGCAAUUUCGGGUCUACACCAGGGGGCGGUGUUGGAGACGCCCUUCGGGGCCGUCAGCGUCACCUUGGAGGGGACGCCCCGCCCGGGUCGCCCCGCCCUGUUGACCUUUCCCGACGUUGGCCACACCCAUGAGUCGUGCUUCGCCCCCCUCUUCGCCCACGAGGAGAUGCAGGAGAUCGUCAAGAACUUCCUGCUGGUCCAUGUGGACCCGCCCGGCAUGGAGGAGGGGGCCCCCCCGUACCCCCCAGGAUACCAGUACCCCUCACUGGAGCAACUGGCCGAGAUGAUCCCCUGCAUCCUCCAGAACCUCAACAUCACCACCAUUGUCGGGAUGGGGGUGGGAGCCGGCGCCUUCGUCCUGGCUAAAUUUGGGCUGCUGCGCCCCGAGGUGGUGGAGGGGCUGGUGCUGGUCAACAUCGACCCCCAGGCCAAGGGCUGGAUGGACUGGGCCGCGCACAAGCUGUCGGGGCUGACAUCAUCAACCACUGAGAUGAUCCUGGCGCAUCUCUUCACCCAGGAGGAGCUGGCGGCCGCCCCUCCCCCGGUGCAGCGGAGCCGGGAGCGGCUGGGGGCGACCCCCAACGUGGGGCUGCUGUGGGGCAUGUACAACAGCCGUGGUGACCUGGGCCUGGUGCGCGGCGGAGCCUGCUGCCUGCGGUGCCCGGUGCUGCUGGUGGUGGGCGACUCGUCCCCACACGAGGACGCCGUGGUGGAGUGCAACGCCAAGCUGGACCCCACCCAGACGUCCUUCCUCAAGAUGGCGGACGCCGGGGGGCAGCCCCAGCUCAGCCAGCCGGCCAAGCUGACCGAGGCCUUCAAGUACUUCCUGCAGGGGAUGGGCUACGUCCCCCACGUCCUGGAGCGGAAGCGCAGCGUGGGGCCAGUGGCGGCGUCGGCCAUGACGCGCCUGUCGCGUUCCCGCACGGCCUCCGUCUCCAGCUCGGCUUCGGGGGGGGACGGCGAGAGGGGUCGCAGUCGGACCCUGUCCCGGGGUAGCUUGGGGGGGGGCGCGUCCCCCCCUGCUCCCUAAACAUCGCCCGCGGAACGCGCCCACGCUGAUGCUCCACCCCCCCCCCCCAACGCCCCCUUGGGAUCCCCCCAAGUCCUCCUGGCACCCCCCAAUACCCCCCCAAUACCCCCUGGGACCCCGCUAAACCCUCCCCAGGACCCCUGAGACCCCCCCCGGACCCUCUGACACCCCCCUAACUCCUCUCCUAGGGCCCCCAAUGCCCCCCAGGACCCUUUGGGACCCCCCAAUUCCUCCUGCCCCCCCCCCAGAACCCCUUGGGACCCCCAAGACCCCCUCCAGGACCCCCUGGGACCCCCCCAGGACCCUUUGGGACCCCCCAAUUCCUCCUGGCCCCCCCUAGAACCCCUCGAGACCCCCAAGACCCCCUCCAGGACCCCCUGGGCCCCCCCCAGAACCCCUUGGGACCCCCAAGACCC